UUGGCGUCGUGUGUGUAUGUGUGUGUUCGCUUCGUGUUCGUGCGCGUCCACGUUGUUCCGAUCUUCCAGCAGUCAACACAUCUCUCGCUUGAAAAAAAAGGCAGCCGGUGCGGGGCACGCAUAUCCUCCCUUCUUCUCUCUGGCUGUGGCGGCGGCAGCAGCAGCAGCAGCAGCCUUAUAUAUUUGUCCCGUCAAAAUGAGUCGGGAUGUGAUGGAGUGCUGUCCUGUCAUCGCUAGCUAGGCGGACAAAUUCCUUCAACCAAGCCUGCUGCUGAGUCAAUCACUGCGGGUUAGCACAUUAGCUUUAGCCGAGGCGUUGCUUGACGGAGCGAGCUAACGGGGUAGCUAGCAGCGCAGCUCUUGUAGUUAACGUUUGCUCCUGUUCGUGAGCGGACGCAUCGCUGCGGCGUGGUUAGCGCAAUAACGGUUAAUGUUAGCUUCUAAGCGAGGACUGCUACUUUUAAUUCCUACCGCAAACUAGCUCGCUAGCGUUGGAGACGCAGGUUUGGAUGUCGCGACACUGCAGUUUUCAACCACUUUUGGCGAAUGGUAAUGACAGAAUUUGGGGCACAGUGACAGGAGGGCAGAUAGAAUUUAAACCCAAAAGUGCCGAUAUAGCGGGGGUUAAUGAGAUAAUCCAAGUGCUAUUAUUAUUUAGUUGCUAAUCUGUGCUAGCUGCAGUAAUUUUUAAUAUUAGCUGCAAUAAGAGCAAAGCAUAUUAGGGGAGGCCCCACCGUCUCCUGGUUCCUCUCGCCUUCCCGAAACGCUUGUGAUUAGCCGAGAACACAACCGGGAGAUAGUCACAGCCGUUCUAGGCUGGGGGGCAACUUGACAGCGAGGCCCCUAGCUUUUAGUCUCCCCUCCCCCCCACGCCCCGGUCCCGUCCAUCCAUCCAUCCAUCCGUCCUGCCUUACAGACCGCCUCUUCCUCCUCGCUUGAGACAUAAGCGAGGACCGAGGAUUUUGGGAUUGAUCUGAGACCGUGAGCAAGUGGUUGGUCGGGUCCCGUCAAAACCAGAGGGGAUGACUCUGGAGUCCAUGAUGGCUUGCUGCCUGAGCGAAGAGGCGAAGGAGUCGAAACGAAUCAAUGCAGAAAUUGACAAACAACUCCGCCGAGACAAGCGAGACUCCAGGAGAGAGCUAAAAUUACUUCUUCUCGGUACGGGAGAAAGUGGCAAGAGCACCUUCAUCAAGCAAAUGAGGAUCAUCCAUGGAGCAGGAUAUUCAGAUGAAGAUAAGAGAGGUUUCAUCCGACUUGUUUACCAAAACAUCUUCACCUCCAUGCAGGCUAUGAUCCGAGCCACUGAGACCCUCAAGAUCCCAUAUAAAUAUGAACAGAAUAGGUCUAAUGCCAUGCUUGUGAAGGACGUGGACAUUGAGAAGAUCUCUAAUUUUGACCAGACCUACGUUGUAGCUAUCAAGACCCUUUGGGCCGACCCGGGGAUCCAGGAGGCCUACGACCGCCGCAGAGAGUACCAGCUGUCUGACUCCACUAAAUAUUACCUUAGCGAUAUAGAUCGUGUGACUGCGGAGGGAUAUGUUCCCACCCAGCAGGAUGUGCUGAGGGUCCGUGUUCCCACAACGGGUAUAAUAGAAUACCCUUUUGACCUGGAGAACGUCAUAUUCAGUUAUCUUUCCGAUCUGGAUCGUAUUGCUGAUCCCAGCUAUCUUCCCACGCAGCAAGACGUGCUCAGGGUGCGCAUCCCCACCACAGGAAUCAUAGAGUACCCCUUCGACUUGCAGAGCAUCAUUUUCAGGAUGGUGGACGUGGGCGGUCAGAGGUCGGAGAGAAGAAAGUGGAUCCACUGUUUUGAGAACGUCACCUCCAUCAUGUUCCUCGUGGCGCUGAGCGAGUACGACCAAGUCCUGGUGGAGUCCGACAACGAGAACCGCAUGGAGGAGAGUAAAGCUCUGUUCAGGACUAUCAUUACCUACCCGUGGUUUCAGAACUCCUCCGUCAUCCUCUUCCUCAACAAGAAGGACCUGCUGGAGGAGAAGAUCUCCUACUCGCACUUGGUGGACUAUUUUCCUGAGUUUGAUGGUCCCCAGAGAGAUGCGCAGGCAGCCCGCGAGUUCAUCCUCAAGAUGUUUGUGGACUUAAACCCCGACAGCGACAAGAUCAUCUACUCUCACUUCACCUGUGCCACGGACACUGAGAACAUCCGCUUUGUGUUUGCAGCUGUCAAAGACACCAUCCUACAGCUCAACCUCAAAGAGUACAACCUGGUGUGAGAGCUCAUGUACGACACGCAUCUCCUCCUUCCCCAUUGCACAAAUGCACCCCGUUUGGAAGUGUGCGCCCAGCUCCACUUGCGUUACACACUACACCAUGCCUGCACACACAAACACAUACAUGUAUACACCCCAACAGAGCCCUUCCUUCACCCCAAGUUCCAUACAUUCACAUAAUCCUCCUACCUGCAAAUGCCACCCAUGCUCUUUCACCAAAGCUCGCCCUCUUCUUCUUCACUUGGCAGCUUGUUGUGUCAGAAUCCUUUUUCUCCUUGCGAAGCUGCUCCGUGUGUCAGAUUUGGCCUCGGCUGCUGGCUCUGGCACACAAACCUUUACAUGGGCUGUACAGUGACUGAAGGGGACUUGGGUCUUUGUGCGUCUGUGUGUCUGUGUGUGUAUUUGGGCAUCGACUUGAAGGAGCUAUGUUUUGGUGAAUAGCGGCAUCGAACCCCUUUGGCCCCCCGAAGCCGACCCCUCAGGGGUGUGAGAUCAGAUCCUCCGUCGUCUCCUUUUAUGAGCUUGUGCUGGUGCGGAGGGGACGUGCACACCGUAUCUCCUGAAAACACCCAGGGACCUUUGGCUGCAUGCUAAAGAUGAAGAUACUUCAGAACGACUCGGGAGAGGAUGUGAGGUUGCACGCACGACACAAGGGGGGAUGGGGCUGAGAAUUCUGUCUCCACCUCGUGUCUAUGAAUGUACCCCACCAGUAUGAGCAUCGCAAUUGCAAAAAAAAAAUAUAUAUAUAUUAUGAAGUCAAUGCAUAUAUAAACAC